AUGAUCAUUAUGAAAUUACGGAUUGUUAUUAUUUUCUUUAUUUCGAUUCUCUGUGGUAUAAGUCUUGCUAAUCCUGAUGCUAAGAGACUUUACGACGAUCUUUUGAGCAAUUACAAUAGACUGAUACGACCAGUUGAUAAGAACAACAACACAGUGCUAGUGAAACUUGGCCUACGGCUUUCGCAACUCAUCGACCUGAAUCUGAAGGACCAGAUUUUAACAACGAACGUGUGGCUUGAACAUGAAUGGGAGGACCACAAAUUUAAAUGGGACCCUUCGGAGUACGGCGGUGUGAAGGAGCUUUAUGUUCCCUCGGAGCACAUUUGGCUUCCGGAUAUCGUUCUAUAUAACAAUGCCGACGGCGAGUACGUAGUGACAACAAUGACGAAAGCUGUCCUUCACUACACCGGUAAGGUUCUUUGGACACCACCAGCUAUAUUCAAGUCAUCAUGCGAGAUUGACGUCCGAUACUUCCCAUUCGACCAACAGACAUGCUUUUUGAAGUUCGGUUCCUGGAGCUACGAUGGUGAUCAGAUCGAUUUAAAGCAUAUAAACCAAAAGAAGGGUGACAUGGUGGAAGUAGGUAUCGAUCUUCGAGAGUAUUAUCCCUCGGUGGAAUGGGAUAUCCUAGGAGUACCCGCUGAAAGGCACGAGAGAUACUACCCCUGUUGUCAAGAACCGUAUCCCGAUAUCUUCUUUAAUAUAACGCUAAGGAGAAAAACACUAUUCUACACGGUCAACCUGAUCGUACCUUGUGUCGGUAUAUCGUAUCUGUCCGUUCUCGUAUUUUACUUACCCGCCGAUUCUGGAGAGAAAAUUGCUCUCAGUAUCUCCAUUCUUCUCUCACAGACGAUGUUCUUCCUUCUAAUCUCAGAAAUUAUUCCGUCGACAUCUCUUGCAUUACCUCUCCUGGGAAAAUAUUUACUAUUCACGAUGCUGUUAGUAGGACUGUCUGUGGUAAUAACGAUCUUCAUAUUAAAUGUCCACUAUCGUAAACCAAGCACCCAUAAAAUGGCGCCCUGGGUGAGGAAAUUCUUUAUAACAAAACUACCAAAGUUAUUGCUUAUGAGAGUCCCAAAAGACCUGUUGAGGGAUCUUGCAGCGCAGAAGAUAGCAGGUCGAAGCAUGAAGAAGAAUAAGUUCAAGGAUGCUUUAGCUGCUGCUGAACAGACAAACUCUAACGCUUCAAGCCCCGAUUCUCUGCGUCAUCAUUUACCAGGUGGUUGUAAUGGACUACAUUCAACAACAGCAACAAACAGAUUCAGCGGUCUGGUUGGAGCUCUCGGUAGUCUUGGCGCUGGAUACAAUGGGCUCCCUUCCGUUAUGUCUGGCUUAGACGACUCACUCAGCGAUAUCACUCCACGAAAGAAGUACCCAUUUGAACUAGAAAAAGCCAUCCACAACGUAAUGUUUAUUCAACAUCACAUGCAAAGGCAAGACGAGUUUAACGCGGAAGAUCAGGAUUGGGGUUUCGUCGCGAUGGUCCUCGAUAGACUAUUCCUCUGGAUUUUCACCAUCGCCUCUAUAGUUGGAACAUUUGCAAUACUCUGUGAAGCGCCCUCGCUAUACGAUGACACAAAACCCAUCGACAUGGUUUUGUCUUCCGUAGCCCAGCAGCAGUUCUUACCAGUCGAUAGUGGAGAUUCUUAAAUAAUAAUCAAAAAUAACGCAAGGAUUAUCACAUCAAGGGUGAAAAAUAGCUGCAGGCUUUACCAAAAUGUAUUGUAAUCUAAGAUCGCU